AUGACCUCGCUGCGGGUGAUCAGGAAUAAUUUCUCAGGUGGGGGCAUGUUGGGAAGGAAAACCAUGAUUUCGCGACACCUCUCGCAGAAACGAAAAAGAAGGUUUCACUCUGUACUACCUCAAUUAUUUUCGGAAUUCUCUGAAGUUCCUCAGUAUUGCCAUACCCACCACAUGAAGGUUAGUGGAAGUGUGGGAGGCUGGCUGGGAGGGGGCUACGUUACAUCCAACUAUUCCUGGACGGGCUGCACCAUGGAACUCAAUAUAUCGGGACAACAUGCUGGAUCAGCGUUGGAGCUGAGGCCUGUGAUCCAUCCCGAACGGUUGGACAGCGCUAUGAGACGACACCAUGAACAAAGGUAA